AUGGCUGUGUAUGUUUUUAAUGAUCUGAGGAGACAGCAGUAUAAAGAUGAUGUUAGUGUGCAACUGGGGCAGGUCGUGGAUGGGUUGGCAGUGGAGGUAAGAGACUCCUGCUGGAGAUCUUUGUGUAUCAGAGGCAUUCUGGGGCUGCACUCUAAUUCCGACAAAGGUGAUGGAUCAGUCAAAUACAUUCUUACUGGAGAAGGAGCGGGAACUAUAUUUAUUAUUGAUGACACAACAGGAGACAUCCAUUCAACCAAAAGCCUCGAUCGAGAACAGAAGACGCAUUAUGUGCUUCAUGCCCAAGCUAUUGAUAGAAGGACAAACAAGCCACUUGAGCCUGAAUCUGAGUUUAUCAUCAAAGUACAGGAUAUCAAUGACAAUGCACCAAAAUUUACAGAUGGACCAUACAUUGUUACUGUGCCAGAGAUGUCUGAAAUGGGUAAGGAAAACAAGUUACUCUAUUCAGCAGUUUUUUUAACAAAGGAAAAAAAGCCACAUGCUGUUUGAUGAUGUUAUGACUCUGUAUUGUAUCAUUGGCUGUAUGUGAAAAAUAUUACAGUUGAGAAGACACCAAAUCUUGUACAUUACUAAUAAUUUUUGUUCUGAGAAAACAGUACACAUACGUGCUGACUGUAAAGGAGAGUCACCCUUAUUCUUGUCUGGUUUGUGAUGCAUGUUCCAUUGCGCUUCUAGGCAAGCUGCAGUUUGCAUUCUAGAAACAAGAUAUAUUUGUAUAUCCUUAUUCAGCUACACUGUUUAUUUCAUUCCUUUAUGUUUACAAAAGCAAUAUGUGCAAUCCACUGAAUUAAACAAAUUUGAAGGAACAGUAGUUCACUAUAUUAUUUUAGACCAUUCUCUCUUAUCUUUGUUUACCUUUUUUAAUUUUUAUAACAUGAAAUGAAAUACACUUAAGUGUUGAUAAUUGUUUUUUGUGUGUGUUAGAAAUGUAGUUCAGAUAUUCUUAUUCUUUAACAUGCCUUAUUAUACAAUCAGUUUUCUUUAUAGCUUAUCUGUUGUUGAAAUUAAUUUAUAACUGUAGGAUCUCAAUAUCAAAUAUACAUAAUUAGUUCAGGGUUGACAGGCAAAUACAGCUCUUGUGAUAAGUACUUCUAAAGAAUGGUCAUGACAUUCAACCUAUCUAAGUCUACUUUAUUUAUUAAUGAGUGGACAGUACAGAUCGUUAUUUCAUGAAAAUGUACUUUUACCCUGCCCAGUAAAAUACCUAUGCACUCCAUCUAAGAAGCUAGUUUAGAGUCCAAGAUGUGUCAGAUGUCUAACUUUUAUGCUCUUCUCUGCUUGCUGUUUGUCAGAUAAGCAGAUGAUAGCUUUUAAACUUCUGUAGAGUACAAUUGUAAAGUCCAAAGGGAAAAAUACAUACAAUUGCUCAACUCUUACAACAAUAUUCAUCACUAUAUACAAACGUUGUUGUUGUCACUGAAUCUUAAUGCUUUGCAACCAUUUGAUCACUUUGAAUGUUGAUGAUGGUUCAUAUGAAUAGCCAGAAAAUAACAAAAAUAGUUUGUUUCAGACUUGAAAGUCAGAUGCUUUGUCUUGUUGAUGUUAUUUUGGAUGGGAGAGUACCUUGUGGAACUUUCCAAGUGUGUGUAAGUGAAAAUAAUUUUAAACAAGAUAUCUGCAUUUAAUUCAUAUUCUCUGGUACCUCAUGAUGUUAUUGUGCUGAGUUCAUAUAUAUCUUACUAUGUAAUGAGGGAGUUUUAAUCUGUAUAUGUAAGGAGACCAAUUUUGCAGUGUGUGAACAAAUAUAUGGAGAGAUUAAAUGGGUCAAAAUUCUGACCUACAUUACAGAUAAGUGAAAUAGUAUAUUCCACAUCUACAUUUCUUUUCUUGCGUAUACAAAUGAACUGUGGCAUUUGAUUCAUUUGCAAAAGUGUAGUAAUCUAGUAAUCCAAUUCUGGAGAGACCAAAAUGUAUUAAAUAUUAUUUGAGUCAUUGAGUUCACUUCUGUGACAGUUCAGAGACAGAAUAUACUGGUUUAGAAAUCAGUCUUUGUUGACCUGAGUGAAGUUAAUUUUGGAUAGAAGAGAACACUAUCUACUGUACUCUAACUUUCAUGCAAAAUCAGAUUAUAUUAAAUGGACUUCGAAGCUCACCAAAUAUCAUG